AUGAAUAUUUUUUAUACAUUUCCACCUGUAUCUCCUGCAUGUUGGUCCCCUGAUUUGGGAAUCACUUUGGAAGAGGCGACCAAAAUAUUUAAAGCAUAUCGGAGGGAGGUAAGAGUCCUUAUGAAUGAAUGUAAGGAAGCUAACUUUUAUCCAGAUAAACUUAUUUGGUGGGAGUUUAGGUUGGAAGAAGAAUGUGUGAAAGAAGAAGAGCAAAGCAUAACGUCAGAUGAAGAAGAAGAUGCAUUAGAAGAAUCUGAGGUAAACAAGAAAUAUGGGGAAGAAGAAAGCAGGCAACUUGAAGAUGAUCUAGUGUUGGAUGAAAAUACAGAUGUAAAAAGUUGUAUAGAUGUAGAUAUUCGACAAGAAAAUCUUCAAAACAAUAGUAUCCCUAAGAAUUAUUUCAACAAGGCGGAUGAAAGACAAGAAAUUGACAAAGUAUUGGAUUUCAUUUAUGCCUUGUUCACAAAAAUACCACUGAAGAUGACGUGGAAGCAACAUCAUCAAUACCUCAAGUUCAUGGGAUUGCUACCAAACAAAAUAAAGAAAAAAGAUGAUGUGUUCUUUGUUUCAUAUAUGCCAUCUUAA